AUGCAUCAAAAAGAUAUAAAACAUUAUUUCAAUGUAUUUUGUCUUUUAAUCUCAUUUAUUUUUAGUAAAAAAUGUGCUCGUCCUUUUUUAAAUGCUUUUUUUAUUAAUUUUCUUAUUCUUCAUUAUUUGGCAUUUUUUAAAACAGUUAAAUAUGAUGUAUUUUAUGGAGUUAAUGAGUUGUGUUUACAUGAUGCUGAUUGCAAAAGACAAUAUUAUAAUAAACUUCAAGUAUUUCCUAGUGGAAAUUUUUCUUUUUGUGUUAUAAUAAUACGAUUUAUUGCAGUGGUUACUGUUGUUGCUAAUGUUAUAAGAUUAAUAAAAGAUUAUACUAAAAUGGUUAUUAAUAUUGAAAAUCUUAUCAUACAAAUUGGAGUAUUAAUAUGUAUUGAAAGCUUAGAUUGGAUAAUUAGAAUCAAAUUGGUAUCAAAAGUUUAUAGUAUGCAUGUAUCACGUGAUCCAAUUAAUUUUCAAUAUUACAAAAUGACAUUAGAAGGCACUUCUUCUGUCUUCUUACUUUUGAUAAUUUUUUAUAUUUAUUUAAUUGAAAAAAGAAAUAUUAAAAAUAAUGUUUAUGUAAAUGAUGAAAAACGAAAUGCAUAUGAAAAAAAAUAA